AUGGUCGAAAAUCUGGCCACAUCUUCCAGGAGAAUCCUCUGUACUGUUCAUCCAGUCGUCAACAAGCUUUAUAAGAAAAAGGUAUUUCCAGCUUCAAUGAGCUUGCAAGCUGUGACUGGCUUGAAGCUGAAGAUUGAAGGACUUUUUGACAAGCCCGAGACUUGCAGGCGGGUGACUAGCUCGGGCGUUCCCUGA